AUGGGUUUAAUUAUAGAGGAGGGGUUGAACAGGUGGGGCAGCAGGGUGGUGCAGUGGUUAGCGCUGUCGCCCGGUAUUGUGUCACUGAUCUCUCUGGUGAUCCUCUCCUAUGACCGCUACAGCACUCUGACUGUAUACAACAAGCGUGGGUUAGACUAUCGGAGGCCCCUGCUGGCUGUCGGGGGCUCCUGGCUGUACUCUUUGUUCUGGACAGUACCCCCACUUUUGGGCUGGAGCAGCUACGGGAUAGAAGGUGCCGGAACGAGCUGCUCCGUCUCCUGGACGGCUAACACCGCCCAGUCGCACGCCUACAUAAUAUGCCUCUUCAUUUUCUGCCUGGGUCUGCCCGUGCUGGUGAUGAUCUACUGCUAUAGCCGCCUGCUUUGGGCGGUCAAACAGGUGGGGAAGAUCAGAAAGACGGCGGCCCGGAAGAGGGAGUACCACAUCCUGUUUAUGGUCCUGACCACGGCGGCGUGCUACCUGUUGUGCUGGAUGCCGUACGGAGUCAUCGCCAUGAUGGCCACCUUCGGCCCGCCCAACAUCAUCAGCCCCGUGGCCAGCGUGGUGCCCUCGCUCCUGGCCAAAAGCAGCACCGUCAUCAACCCCGUCAUCUACAUUCUGAUGAACAAACAGUUCUACAAGUGUUUCCUGAUCCUGUUCCACUGUGACCACUGGUCGUCGGAGAACGGCAACACCUCGAUGCCCUCCAAAACCACCGUCAUCCCUCUGAACCGCAGGGUCUACAGCAACACGGUGGCCCAGAUCUCCACAGACGCCCUCAACUAG